GUCUUAUUUCCCUAAAGAGCAGUCUGUAGGCUACUCGAAGAACGAACUACUUCAAAAACCCAAGAAAACUUUGGGACAUAAUUAAUCUGAAGUUUUGAGCUCAUGGCAGAAAUAACACAGGGGGAAUAAACAAGAUGAACUGAAGUCAUUUUGGAAACAAAGAAUUACUCUGAAAAUAAAGAAGCUACUAUUUUUUAUGACAUAUUGUAUCAGUCAUAUUUUUUUAAACGGGAAUCUGUUAAAAUGAGACACGUCAUCUGAGCCAAAAGAAGACCCGCGGAAGUUACCCAAACUAAGUCUUUAAAGUCUUUAAAGAUUGCCAGCAAUAAUAUCGACAAGCCACGCUGCGGCGAUGGAUUCGGGCGGCAAGCAAGUAACCUUCCAGUUGAUGCUGACAGUAGGAGCAGCGGUGAUUGGCUCACUGCAGUUCGGUUACAACACAGGUGUCAUCAACGCCCCUCAGAAGGUUAUUGAGAGGUUCCUCAAUGAGACAUGGUUCGACCGCUACAAGGAGCCCAUCAACAAGGCCUCCCUCACCACCCUGUGGUCCGUCUCCGUCGCCAUCUUCUCAGUCGGCGGUAUCUUCGGCUCCUUCUCCGUGGGCCUGUUUGUCAACCGCUUUGGCAGGAGGAACUCCAUGCUCAUGGCCAACGUGCUGGCCUUUGUCUCCGCUGCUCUCAUGGGCUUCUCUAAGAUGGGUGGCUCGUGGGAGAUGCUGAUCAUCGGGCGCUUCGUGGUGGGACUUUACUCCGGCCUCUCAACUGGCUUUGUACCCAUGUACGUGGGUGAGGUUGCCCCCACUGCCCUUCGAGGAGCCCUGGGUACCCUCCACCAGCUGGGCAUUGUCACGGGCAUCCUGAUGGCACAGGUGUUUGGCAUGGAGGCCUUAAUGGGGAACGCGUCUUUGUGGCCCUUCCUGCUGGGCUUCACCUUCAUCCCAGCCCUGGCGCAGUGUGCACUGCUGCCCUUCUGCCCCGAGAGUCCCCGCUUCCUCCUCAUCAACCGCAACGAGGAGAACAAGGCCAAAACUGUCCUGAAGAAGCUGCGUGGGACCACAGACGUGAGUGCAGACAUGCAGGAGAUGAAGGAGGAGGCCAGGCAGAUGAUGAGGGAGAAGAAGGUGACCAUCCCAGAGCUGUUCCGCUCGCCACUCUACCGCCAGCCCAUCUUCAUCGCUAUCAUGCUCCAGCUCUCCCAGCAGCUUUCUGGCAUCAACGCUAUUUUCUACUACUCUACCCGUAUCUUUGAGAAGGCCGGAGUUGCUCAGCCUGUUUAUGCUACAAUUGGUGCCGGUGUGGUCAACACAGCCUUCACUGUGGUGUCGCUGUUUGUGGUGGAGCGCGCUGGACGCAGGUCUCUCCACCUGCUGGGGCUGAUAGGAAUGGCAGGCGCUGCCGUCCUGAUGACCAUCGCUCUGGCUCUGCUGGACAAGCUGCCAUGGAUGUCCUACGUGAGUAUUGUGGCCAUCUUUGCCUUUGUGGCGUUCUUUGAGAUCGGCCCGGGUCCCAUCCCCUGGUUCAUUGUGGCUGAGCUGUUCUCCCAGGGACCCCGGCCCUCGGCCUUCGCUGUUGCUGGCUUCUCCAACUGGACUGCCAACUUCAUAGUGGGCAUGGCCUUCCAGUAUGUAGAGGAGUUGUGUGGCCCUUAUGUCUUUGUCAUCUUCACCAUACUGCUGCUCAGCUUCUUCAUCUUCACCUACUUCAAGGUGCCUGAGACCAAGGGCCGGACGUUUGAUGAGAUCUCAGCCGGGUUCCGCCAGUCGGCUGGCACUGGUGGAGAGAAGCACUCGCCAGAGGAGCUCAACAGCCUGGGGGCUGACUCUCAGCUCUAAGCACCUGUCCCUUCCCUCUCCUCUCGUUCUACUCCCACUGAUGAGGCCCGGCCCUGAACCCUCUCUGGCCACCCCAACCUGAGGGGACCACUCACUAACUGCGUGCAAAUUGACUACUAAACUGACACACUGGUUGUCAUUACAUUUCAGGCAUCUUCACCAAGCAGAAAACAGAUGCCCCGAUCUCCUCUCCCGAUCCCCUGUCUCAACGUCUCUAGCUUCUUUCUCUUCUCAUCACAACACUAACUUGGUGGGAGCAGGGACAUGGGUGGCAGAAGGUGGGUUUGAAUGGUAGAUGGUUAGAAGAACGAAAAGGGGGGUCUUCAAUUAUACAACGGUCACCGCUAAGUUACUUUUACUUUCUUUUCUCUUAUUUUGUCUGUUGCCUUACUCAUUUUGUCAGUUUAGAUAUCCAUGCUUAUGUCCCUUAUGUAGGUCUCAGUACUUCUCAUUGAAGUAAGGGAUGGUUUUAAAGUUCAGAAUUUGUGUUUUUGUUCCCUUUGUUACUUGAUGAAACAGAGCAUACUGUGUAGCAACACUGUAGCCACAGCAAAUUUGAGCAAUUGUUGUGGAAUUGAAAUAUGACAUUUGUACUGUUUUCCAACAGGGGGAGCAGUGCCCUCAAUGAAAUGAGGGAUGUCAUAAGGUGAAUGCACCAAUUUGUAAGUCGCUCUGGAUAAGAGCGUCUGCUAAAUGACUUAAAUGUAAAUGUAAUGAAAGGCCUUCUACUGUAUAGUACCACAACGUGACUUGCUUUGCCAGUCCAGAGACUAAACCACAGCUAAUCUUUAUUGUGUUCCACAUAGGGGAUGUCUGAGGCUACAUAUAACAAUAUGUAUCUUUAUUACACAGACCCUCUGUUUAUGACCUAAAUUAUUUACUGGAUCAAUCAAGACCCUCAGGAUAUUGUAUGCCACGUAAAUAUUUUUUUACCAACAGAUUUUUAACUUCUGUCCAGAUAGGUUUUUGAUUAUUUUAGAAAUAUUUGUUUCUUAUGGAAAAAUAAAUCAAAUCAUGAAGAGUCAUUUUUAUGAGGUUUAUUUCUUAGUGAAUUACAGCACUGUUACAAAAAUGUUAUCAAACAUUUGGUGCAUACUUUUUGGCUGUAAGUACUGUAUAUGUACAUGUAAUAUUUAAUUCCCAAGCAAUACCCAUGAGCAUGAAUUUUACACUAUGAAAUCAUAGGACUAGUUGAGAUAUUUCUACUCUGACACUAGUGAUGGUAGUUGGCGCCUUGAAUAUGACAGUAGAUUUGAUAAUUGGGAUCCCUCAUCCUCUUCUUCAUAAAAGCAAACUGUUGAAAAGCAACGUAAGCCUGUUUCACUGCAUGCUAAUAUGAGCGUAACUCCCCGCUAAAACUAAACUGAAGUCCCUCACAACAGGCUUCCUUUCAAACAGGGUCUAAUAUGUAAUGUGGCUUCCAGCCUUACCAAGGUCUGCUUCAUCCUGAAAGUGCUUUUACACCCUUUGGGGUCAGACUCACAACUAAUGUUCCAUGUUUCCAGAAAAGUUGUGAUUUUUGUUAUUGUAACUCCACAAUGCCUUUGCAUAGUUCAGCACUGUAGGGGCUGUUAUAUUGUUCAGUUAUGUUUUGUGACAAAUAGCUGACAACCCUGUAUGGUUGGCUGAUUCAAGCGACUCCACCUCUUGAUGUAGAGGUUUCCUGUCUAUGACUGCUGUGCCACUUCAAUAAGUUUUCCUUUCAUUUUAUAAGGCAUUUUGAGAAAAGUUUUUCGCUGAAUUUUAUCAUCCACAAUGUUGGUUGUUUUGUCACCAAAAAAUCUUCCGUAAUAGUAGUUGGAGCAUGGCUCAAAAUGUUCUACAAAAUGUGGAACCCUGUUACGUUACUGAAAAGAGAUUGGGUUAGAUGUCAUUGUUGUUUUUUUAACUACACAGUUAGCUUAACCUAUCCCUACAUUCACAGGUCUAUGUUAUUUGAAAUCAAAAGGUAGGCAGAAUAUGUUUUACAAUUAAAUAUAGGCUAAUCCAGCGAGUCUAAAGUGAAUAUGGUUUUAAAGUGGUUUAAAUGGUUUUCGUAAUGGCCCUUGACCCAAGCAGAACUCCACAAGAAACAUCUAUUGUAGUCAUUCCAUGACGACUUUGUGUGCAUUUACAUGCAUGCAAAUAUAUGUAUGCGUCUUUGAAAUGAUAUGGGACUCUUUAGUACUGUCUCCUCCCCCAACAAUCUGUCGGUUAAACACUGCAACCUCCUUGACUGUAAGUCGCCAUAAGUCAUCAAAUGGCAGGAUCAAUGUUGGCACCAAAGACUUGGCAUAUGUCGGAUUGUGCUCCGACCCUGUGAUGGAGAGCAAAAGAUCCACUUAUGGACUGAAAUCAAAUGCAAUGUACUUUGUGUGUUAAGUUUUUGACAAUUAUGUUUGGGUAUUUUAUGAACACGUUUAUUAACACAUAAUGUAUGCAUAAAACAGUUGAAGAAAUCCAUCACUGCACAUAAUGAGGCCACAAUACUUUUAAUGUAAAUACAAUAGAUAGUAGAGAACCCAAAUGUAUAAAUAUUUUAUUUUAGUUACUACUCAUAUCGGUAGUUCAACAUCUAUUUUUGCAUAAUAAACACACCUGCCUUUAUUUUCUCUGAUUUGCUCUCUGAAGAAAUAUUGUUUGAGAUAACUAUUAACACAAUCUUAUUUCAGCUUUGUACAUGAACCAUUGAAUUAUAUAUACUAUUUAUUAGAUGUCUAAUUUAUUAGAUGUUUUUAUUUUCUCAAAAUUUUAGUACAGUAUUAAUUUACAUUUUGUAAAAGCACCUGUGUGUAUGUUGGGUGAAUAUGAACCUCCAACAGAACAAUAUUUUGUAAAACAGUGUGCUAUGAUGUCAGUGUCCUGAUGGUUUUCAUUUCUUUUGUAAGAUGUUUGAUUGGAUUUAUUAAUCAAUAAAAUAAAACAAGCAUACAGGGAAA